AUGCCUGACGACACCGGCAGUGGGUGGCUCAGGAUGAGCAUUGUGAAGCGAGUGCUGCUGCUGCUGCUGCUGCUGGCGGCGCUCUGCACCGACGCAGCACCGACCACCGAGGAAUGUGACAGUGUGAAGAAAACGCUAACAAAGGACCUGAGCACCGUUAUCGGGGACUGGGUUCUGGUGUGGGCGGUCGCAGACAGUCCGAUGGGUUCAGGCCUGCUGGGAAGCCUCUCCAGCUCCCUCGUGGAGAUGAGACUCCUCCCUGACAACAAAAGCAUUGUGUUCAGCGAGAGGAACCUGUUACUUGAGAAGUCGUGCUUGACAAUGGUGGCCAACCUGACGAUGCCCUCUGACCCCACCGACGCUGAUCAGACACUGAUCAUUGGGACUGCCACACUGGAGCGAGAUGGAGUUGUUCAGCCGUACAACCACUCAGGCGGCAUGGAUUUCUACAAGAGCUGCUCCGACUGUCUGCUGAUCUUCCACAAAGGCGUUUUAGGCGGAUACGUGCUGAGCUACAGGAGAGAAGGGCAGCAUGGGGAUGUUGAGCAGCUGAAAGCGGCCCUCAGUGAUCAUCAGAAACAGGCCGAGUGUUUUGGAUUCAGUCACGAUCAACCGUUCAGCUACGACGGAGCUGCAGACUUAUGUCAGAAGAAAUCUUCGACUGCUGAACAGUCCUGAGAGACAAACAUCCUGCUGGAGCAACAUGUCUCAUAUCUCAUCAAUACAAUAAAAACUAAUACUAAACUCUCAA